ACUUCCAAGAACAGUGCAGCUGUCAGAGGGGACUGAGGUGCACCGACAUGGACUAAACACAGCUCGUUGCUUUUUAUACACACAGCUGUACGGGUUUACAUCUUUUCUCUUUACAUCUUUGGUGAGUUAUCAAGAAAUCCCUCUGUUUGAAAUUCUACCUCAGCCUGAGUCACGGUGAAAGUUACCGGUAACAACGGGACUGUGAGGCCCAGGUCCCGCCCUCGUCCUCUUCCUCAUGCCAUGCCGAAGAGUGACACUUGGCCAGGCGGCGUUGCCAUGGAACCCUCGAGUAAUUUGGACAGUGCUGGGAGCUGGGACAGUGUAAUCAGCAUGAUCUCUGGCUAUAGUGAAGACAGUAUGGAGCACUUAACAGCAGAAGAAAGAGCGUGUAUCAUGUAUCUGGAGGAGACAAUUGAAGCGUUGGAGGUGCAGGAGGACAGCGGCUUUUCAAACGAUGAACCAGAGGCUGGAUUACAGGCAGAUAAAACAAGUCACAUGAGAGUAAAUGACAUUUCCAGUUUCAACACUGAUGAGUCUGGAGGAGCUUUAACCAACGGAGACAAAACGGGGCAUCACAUUUUACAAACUCCAGAACCAGCGUCCUCUCCUGCAUUCGACAGGAAAGAUCUGAACACAUCCAUGAACCUCAUGACUCAACUCAACCCUCCAGACACAGAAUCAGUCACUGAUAGCAAAAUCCACAGUGAGUUGUGCAUAUCCACGGAUGAGGAUGGUAAACUAAAGAUUGUCCCAAGUGACAGUCUGUCCACUGGGGCCCCUGAGACAGAUGCGGGUGUGAUCCCUCCUCCCUCAGCCUUCAUGGAUGAGCCCUUUAAGCCUCCACAGCCACAGAAAGUGAACUACCUUCCUCCACCUGCAGGAAUACACAACCACCAGCCAGGAGGAACUGUUGACUUGGAGGAGCUACGUCAAAGAGCCACUGAGAAGAGGUCUUCACAGAGGUCGCCUGUGAACAACGAGCCUCCAAACAACGACCCUCCAAACAACGAGCCUCCAAACAACGAGCCUCCAAACAACGAGCCUCCAAACAACGAGCCUCCAAACAACGAGCCUCCAAACAGCGAGCCUCCAAACAACGAGCGUCCAAACAGUCCUCCAGAGCUGAGUCUACCAGCCGUCAGCUCGGGUCCCCCGUUAAGUCUUCCCCCGUUAAGUCUUCCCCCGAUAAGUCCUCCCCCGUUAAGUCCUCCCCCGUUAAGUCCUCCCCCGUUAAGUCUUCCCCCGUUAAGUCUUCCCCCGUUAAGUCUUCCCCCGUUAAGUCCUCCCCCUGAGGCCGCUGAGCCCAGAAGUCCCCCUGCUGUGGCCCCUAGGCCCAAGAAGCUUCCUUCCAACAUUAUUCUCAAAUCACACAAAACUGGCUAUGACGGCAGCUCUGGAGCUUCGGUGUCCACUAACAGUGACCGGCAUUUGUCCGACCCCCAGAGGGUCCGCAUUGAGGCCCUACGGAAGCUCGGCCUGCUGCCUGCUGAGGCAGAUUCAGGCCCUGCCCUUAGUCCUUUACUUUCUCCCAGAACCAGAAAGUCAUGGGCAGCUCCUCCUUCUCCAAAUACACCACCCGUGACUCCAUCUUACAUCCGAGUCCACAGCCCACCUCCUGCCUCCACUCCUCUCCAGUCUCCUGCAGCUGAGCCGACAGCAGCUCCUUCUACAGCUGCUGAGGUCCUCCCAGUGCCUGCUGCUUUCAGUGAUUCACUCUCUGCUGUCAACACGCCCCCUCGUACCCCUCCUGCCCUGGUAAAGCAUCUAACCCCACCAAAAGCCUUCAAAUCCGCCUCCCUGGAGCGUUCUUUACCUGGCCUAAGCAGCUAUAUGGCGAGCCAAGAAUCCAACAAGGCGGGAGGGGAUCAGAGCCCCAGUCAGCUACGUAACAAUCGUCCUCGUCCCGCCUCUCUGGGGAGUGGGAAAGAGUUCAUUGGUGCUCAGGGAAAUGAUUUGCAUCCAGGCCGUGUCAUCAGCAAAGAGCCGGACUUACGGAGGUCCCUGCAGGCCCACAAUGCCUUUCAGCACACCGGAAGCGCUCAGAAGCUUCCUCGAUCGCAAGGCAUCAGCGUGCUGAUCUGCCCGAGGUCAGAAAACGAAGAAGACCGCCGUGACGCUCUGAAGAAGCUGGGGCUGAUCAGGGACUGAGGCAUCCAUUUUCACACUUACUUACUAACUGCCAUGGUAUCCCUCAGAUAAUAUAUUUAAAGGAACAUACCAGAGAUUCAUACAUGAUUGAUGAAGGCGUUAAAAAGACAUCAUUUUUCAUUUUCAUUUUUCUUCAUUUUUACUUCAUCAUGCACGAGACUGACUCGCAUGUCUUGCAUUCAUUGGCCGCACUUGCAUGGACAGCCUUAUGUACAGUGUUUUAUUUCUCAUAAAACUGCCAAUCAAGACCUUUUUUAAUACACACUGACUUACUGUAGCUGUGGUUUUGUAAAUUAAAAAUACUGUUACUUUUAAAAAGGGAUUGAGUUAUCUGUAAUUUUAAUAUGUUUCUUGUAAUCUACAUGUAUAAACAUUUGUGUACGUCUGUCACAUGUUGUUCUUUACAGUGACACCACUGUUAGAGGUUAGUUCCUCUCUUUGUUCUCCUUUUAGAUACUCUCAAAGGUCACCUUUCUUCACUUUCACUUCCUAAAAUUCUUCAGAUUUCUGCUUUGUUGACUACAGGAACUAGCUAAUAUUUAGGUGUUUGUGUGUUUAACAUGAGCUGCAUUGACCCUGUAUGGCUCAGUGCAGCAUGUCAAAGCAAAGGAUUUUACAUUAUAAUUGAAGGGUGUUGACUAAAUGAAUAAAAAAAGUAGAAAGUAUGUACUGUAUAGCUAGAACAUACCUUAGCGUAACUCAAAGCACGUAAUGGGCCGGCGGCCACUAGGUGAUAAGAAUUUGAAACACGCCUUUUUUGUGGUUGCUUAGUGACACACAUGGAAAAACUUAUGAGCUUGUUACACAGCGGAUUUAUGUGGUGUCAAUUGUUGACCCCAAAACUUUUAUUAGGUGCACAUGUUAUAUAUUUCUUGAACAUACACUGUCCUUUCAUUGCCUUCAAGUCACAACUGUACUUUAUUUACAUUUCUAAUAUAUCAUUUUCCUCUGAUGGCAUGUAAAGAAUUGGCCCUCAUAAAUCAUGUGAAAUCUCAAACAGACAGAUGUUCUCUGGCGCAGCUUUAGCACCUUUUAUCUGAUGUGAUAGAGAGAGAACUGGUACAACCUGUUUCCCGCCUCCAAGUUUAGACUUAUGCAACACCUUUGCUGCUCUGCGUGGCACAUUUACAAGCAGACAGUACGUCUGGAAAUCAUUUUAUCACUGCUGCAGGCUUUCAGAGAUAAAUAGAUUUGCUCUAUUCUCUAACACGGUGUUAAGGUCACCUACUGCUGUGAAAAUUAAGCUAAAUUUAAAAGUCAACUCUGAAUAGGUAUUUACAUCAUGAAACGACUGCACUAUGGAGUUUGUAGAGAAACUGGCAAAAGUGUUUGAAUCAACAAAUUUUGUCCAUUAUAGGACCAGAAUAUUGACCUUUCGGACAAUGUUGAAGGCCUGCCACAUCAAAAUGAUACCAGUGCAGCGGUGAAGUGUGUCCACACUGAUAAUCAUUUUUCUUAUCUUUCUAGUUGGUGCCAUUCAAGCUACUACAUUUAGGUGUGGUGUCUUAGUGCCAAGUGCACAGUCUUUGUUGUCUUAAGCACACCAUUCAAGCUACUACACUUACACUUAGGUGUGGUGUCUUAGUGCCAAGUGCACAGUCUUUGUUGUCUUAAGCACACCCUGGAUUUCUUCCCAACAUGUAUUUUAUUACGUAUUUAAGUUUGCAUAAUCUAUAAACAGAAUAUUUUCAUAAAUGUAUCUGUUUAUUUUUUGUUUAUACAAUUUUGCCAAGGAAGAUAAUACCUGAACUUCCAGAGGAAACUUUUAACAAGAGCCACGUGAAAAGGGAUUUGAAUACUGUUUUCAAUAUUUUCAAAUGAGCAUAUUUUUGCAAUAAAGAUGAAUGAAAACACUA